ACCUGUUGAAAUACGGGUACCUACAGAAGCCUCUAGAAGGACCUGAUGACUUCAGCCCAGAAGAUAUCAUGGAGGCUCUGAGAUAUGUUCAGAGUCCCUUGAAAAGCCACAGUGCCUGCAGUACCUGAUGGAUGACAUUGCCCCAGAGCAGGCAGGGCUGGGAGGGGGGGGUCCAGCCAGCAGGGAGAAGGCUGAGGGAGGACAGGUCCUCAGGUGGGAGCAGUGGUGGGAGAGUCUCCAGAGCAGGGGGUUGGGACACUUCCCCAGAGCAGGAGAAGGUUAGAAAUUGCAAUAGAGGAAGAAGGCAAGAAGUGAGGGGAACCUUACCUGAAUACAAGACUGAAGAUGGGGGCAUAAAGUUGGAGUAUCGUCGUUUCUGCAGAACAGAAGGGAAAGUCCCGAUUAUAAGGACUGGAUACUGGAGUGACCCCAACAUCUUCAGAGAUUCUGUGCCAUUCUCAGCCACCACCUUGGACAGCAGGGGGCUAACGAGCUAUCGCCAGUUCCCAGUCACUCCAUAUAGCCCUGCCCUGCUGGAUCCAUCCCUUUCCCUCUUUUCAGAGCUUUUCAGGAAGCAUCUGAGCUGCCAGUCUCAGGUCAGCUGGAUGAUGCCACAAGGGUGCGCAUGAGGCAGCCACGUUGUGGCCUAGAGGACCCCUUCAACCAGAGGACCCUUAAAUACCUGCUGCUGGGUCGCUGGAGAAAGAAGCACCUGAAAUUCCGCAUCUUGAACCUGCCCUCCACCCUCCCAGCCCACACAGCCCGGGAAGCCCUGCUUCAAGCCUUCCAAUACUGGAGCGAUGUGACCCCCCUGACCUUCCAGGAGGUGCAUGCUGGCUGGGCUGACAUCCGCCUCUCCUUCCAUGGUCGCCAAAGCCUGUACUGCUCCAAAGACUUUGAUGGGCCUGGGAGGGUCCUGGCCCAUGCCGACAUCCCAGAGCUGGGCAGCGUCCACUUUGACGAAGACGAGCUCUGGACCGAGAGGACCUACCGGGGGGUGAACCUGCGCAUCAUUGCAGCACAUGAACUGGGCCACGCCCUGGGGCUUGGGCACUCCCGAUAUACCCAGGCCCUCAUGGCCCCUGUCUACGCUGGCUACCGGCCCCACUUCAAGCUGCACCCAGAUGAUGUGGCAGGGAUCCAGGCUCUCUAUGGCAAGAAGAGCCCAGGGAUAGGGGAUGAGGAAGAAGAGAUGGAGACCUCCACUGUACCCCAAGUGCCCACAGAACCCAGUCCCAUGCCAGACCCCUGCAGUGGAGAAGUGGAUGCCAUGAUGCUGGGGCCCCGUGGCAAGACCUAUGCCUUCAAGGGGAAUUAUGUGUGGACUGUGACGGAUUCAGGGCUGGGUCCCUUGUUCCAAGUGUCUGCCCUUUGGGAGGGGCUCCCAGGAAACCUGGAUGCUGCUGUCUACUCUCCUCGAACACAAUGGAUUCACUUCUUUAAGGGAAACAAGGUAUGGCGCUACAUUAAUUUCAGGAUGUCUCCUGGCUUCCCCAAGAUUCUGAGUGGAGUAGAACCCAACCUGGAUGCAGCUCUUUACUGGCCUCGCAACAAAAAGGUGUUCCUCUUUAAGGGUUCCGGGUACUGGCAGUGGGACGAGCUGGCCCGAAAUGACUUGAGCCGCUACCCCAAACCAAUCAAGGGGUUAUUUACGGGAGUGCCAGACCAGCCCUCAGCUGCUAUGAGUUGGCGAGAUGGCCGUGUCUACUUCUUCAAGGACAAACAGUACUGGGGCCUCAACUGGCAGCUUCGAGUAGAGAAAGGCUAUCCUAGAGAUAUUGCCCACAACUGGAUGCACUGUCGUCCCCACACCCCAGACACGACUCCAUCAGGUGGGGAUACCAGUCCCUCAGCCAGAGGCACUGACCAUUGAGCCACAGGAACAACUUUGGAUACCACUUCCUUGACCAUAGAUACCUUCUUGAACACUGACCCCUCACCCGGAGACACAAUCUUGGACAUCACCCCCUCAGCCCCAGGCUCUACCACCCUUUCAUUUCCUGGUAAUGUCACCCUCCAGAGGCCCUAGACCUGAAUCACACGCCUGCUCACUAGACUGCAGGCAGUGUGGCAGGGGCGUGAACCAUAGACCUCAGGCCUAGAAAUGUCCUAGCUCUAGCCACCACUCCUCUGUGCUCUUCCCACUCCUGGGCGGUGGCUCCCUAGCUCUGGGUCAGCCCCCAACUCCAUUUACUUCUUCCCCGUCCUCGAGACACUUCUGACUGAGUUAUCUACUCUCUGGAGGACAGAGGGAAGGCAUCAACCAGGCCAUUAGCUCACAGCAGGCAACAGCUGGGAAGCCGGAUGCCUGGGUCCUGUUCUCCCUAGAUAAAGUGCAAGAAAAUAGCAUGGCCAGUAAAAUGAGCAGGGGCUUUGGAAUCCUUGAGAAUCACAUUUACUUGCUUAUGACUUUGGGCAAGUUAAUUAACCUCGUUGAGGCUCAGAUUUCUCAUUUGCAAAAUGUUAAUAGCAAUUCUGCACAGUUGUUGCAUUAAAUGAAAUACUACAUGUGAGGUGCCUGGCACAUUUGUGCUUAAUAAAGCUAAUUCCAUGUUCAAAAGAGA